GUUCUUAGACAAAAUCAUCUUUCUUCAGUCAUGUCUGUGUGUGUCAGGGAGAGCGCAUGCCUGUGUGUGUCAGAGAGAGCGCAUGCCUGUGUGUGUCAGAGAGAGCGCAUGUCUGUGUGUGUGUAAUGUGUAACAGAGUGCGCGUGUCUACAUGAGCAAUGUGGGAGAGAGAGUGUGUGUGUUUGAUGAUGCAUGUCUGUGUAAAGAAAAAUGUAUGUAAGCAGCAUGUUCAUGUAAGGAUAGAAAUGUAUAUUGUUUGUGUGUAUAAGAGAGUGUGUGUCCGAAAAUGUGUAAAGUUUACGGUAGAGACAAUGAAUGUAUAAACACUCUCCUUUCCUUAUGUACACGCACUUAAAAUCACACACACACUACAGCGCAGAACAUCAAUUGCAGAAGUGACCAUUUAAAAUAUCUGGCAGCCCCACACAACGCUGUGAAAUGUAUUCUGAAUAUAAAAAUACUGGUUAUAAAACAAAGACUCUUUUCACCGUGGAUAUCGGAUUAAAAAAAAAUCUUUUAUUCAUGUUCUGUCUCACUGGGGCUAAUGGAAGAGGCCAUUCUCAUGUAACAUUACUAUCAAUUAACCCAUGGCAUGCUCCAUUUGUGAUUUACAUCCAUACCGCAGGAAUUUAAUAUUCUAAAAAAGUAAGUAAAACGUUUGUUUCUCUGAAAGCUCACUUUCUGUAAAAAAGGUGUUUAGAGAAGUUUAAAUAAAUGUGUGAGACUAAUUUGAAUUCCAGCUGUAUUCUGAUUGGCUGUUAACAGCAUUCGGUCAGCCAACCAAUGCUCAGCUCCUAUUUCAGAAGAAUCAUUUGUCAUUUCUUCAUUAUAUCUUCCCCUCCUGUUACUCAUUUUCUAUAAUACAUUUAUAGAAAGAUUUCAAAUUGUCGCAGCAUUUAAACGAUAUGAAAUCCAGUUAUUCCAAUGUAUAAUGGCACUUUCUUGUAUCUGUGCCGUGUCAGUCUCUAUGUCCCACAGUUGUUGCUAAAUGAUGCCGGGCCUUACUUUGUUAUUUGGGUAAAUCUUUAUGAGCGAUGUUACAAUAUCUGCGUGUACAUUGUAGAGGAAGAUUUGGAUGGCCAAACCGUGGCUGUGAGCAUAGAAUCUAAGUAAAGCAUAAUCCAUUGUAUUGGGAUAGUAGCAGAUUAUCUCUUAUCUGCUGUGAUAGUGAUUUUCUGUAGGCGAGGAAUAGUCCUACUGGCCUUCUUUGUUACUUCACCUCACAGAUAAAUUCAUUUAUUCUUUCUUCUUGUUAUGGCGCAGAGUCACAAGGCGGAGAAAGAAUGGCCCGUAAAAAACCUUCUCAUAUACCUAGGAGCCAAGAAGAAAAUCCGACCACCCACGGGGUAAGCACUGCUAUGUUUUGUUUAAAUGUCAAAACCAUUGUAGCAAAAUGAAGUGGUUAUGGUGCAUAUAUAAUCUCAUCUACUGUAAUAACACCCGGCGCCGGAUCACACCUACUGUAAUAACACACAGCAACGUAUCUCACCUACUGUAAUAACACACAGCGCCAUAUCUCACCUACUGCAAUAACACACAGCGCCGUAUCUCACCUACUGUAAUAACACACAGCGUAUCUCACCUACUGCAAUAAUACACGGCGCCAUAUCUCACCUACUGUAAUAACACACAGCGUAUCUCACCUACUGCAAUAAUACACGGCGCCAUAUCACACCUACUGUAAUAACACACAGCGUAUCUCACCUACUGUAAUAACACACAGCGCCAUAUCUCACCUACUGCAAUAACACACAGCAACGUAUCUCACCUACUGUAAUAACACACAGCGCCAUAUCUCACCUACUGCAAUAACACACAGCGCCGUAUCUCACCUACUGUAAUAACACACAGCGUAUCUCACCUACUGCAAUAAUACACGGCGCCAUAUCUCACCUACUGUAAUAACACACAGCGUAUCUCACCUACUGCAAUAAUACACGGCGCCAUAUCACACCUACUGUAAUAACACACAGCGUAUCUCACCUACUGCAAUAACACACGGCGCCGGAUCACACCUACUGUAAUAACAGCAACGUAUCUCACCUACUGUAAUAACACACAGCGUAUCUCACCUACUGCAAUAAUACACGGCGCCAUAUCUCACCUACUGUAAUAACACACAGCGUAUCUCACCUACUGCAAUAAUACACGGCGCCAUAUCACACCUACUGUAAUAACACACAGCGUAUCUCACCUACUGCAAUAACACCCGGCGCCGGAUCACACCUACUGUAAUAACAGCAACGUAUCUCACCUACUGUAAUAACACACAGCGUCGUAUCUCACCUACUGUAAUAACACACAGCGCUGGAUCUCACCUACUGUAAUAACACACAGCAACGUAUCACACCUACUGUAAUAACACACAGCGUAUCACACCUACUGUAAUAACACCCGGCGCCGGAUCACACCUACUGCAAUAAUACACGGCGCCAUAUCACACCUACUGUAAUAACACACAGCGCCGUAUCACACCUACUGUAAUAACACACAGCGCCGUAUCACACCUACUGUAAUAACACACAGCGACGUAUCUCAUCUACUGUAAUAGCACACAGCGUAUCACACCUACUGUAGUAACACACAGCGUCGUAUCUCACCUACUGUAAUAACACACAGCGCUGGAUCUCACCUACUGUAAAAACACACAGCGUGUCACACCUACUGUAAUAACACACAGCGCCGUAUCUCACCUACUGCAAUAACACACAGCGCCGUAUCACACCUACUGUAAUAACACACAGCGCCGUAUCACACCUACUGUAAUAACACACAGCGACGUAUCUCACCUACUGUAAUAACACACAGCGACGUAUCUCACCUACUGUAAUAACACACAGCGCCGUAUCACACAGCGUUAUGUCUUUGAAACCUGCUGUUAGAUAUGGUAAAAUCUUAGUAGGUUUAAGGAAAAUCACCAGAACAUUUUGACUCUUGAAAAUAGUUUAAGGCAGCAGAUCAAGGCGUCCCCUAUAGCCAGGGAAUUUAAUGACUGGAGUUUCUCGUAUCCUUGUAAACCUGCACAAAUAGCUCAAUCGACUUUUAGCUCUAUUUUGUUUUCUUUAUUGUGGGUGACCCACAUCAUAAUACAUUGCAGCCAUGCCCACCCAGCUUCCUUCUAGCAGCACACCUGAUCUCGCAGACAUUAUCUUCCCUUUCCAGUAGGUGGCAGCAGAGAUCUAUUGUUAUGGUUUAUGCUAUGGGCUUCCUUCUAGCAGCACACCUGAUCUCGCAGACAUUAUAUUCCCUUUCCAGUAGGUGGCAGCAGAGAUCUAUUGUUAUGGUUUAUGCUAUGGGCUUCCUUCUAGCAGCACACCUGAUCUCGCAGACAUUAUCUUCCCUUUCCAGUAGGUGGCAGCAGAGAUCUAUUGUUAUGGUUUAUGCUAUGGGCUUCCUUCUAGCAGCACACCUGAUCUCGCAGACAUUAUCUUCCCUUUCCAGUAGGUGGCAGCAGAGAUCUAUUGUUAUGGUUUAUGCUAUGGGCUAUCUUCUAGCAGCACACCUGAUCUCGCAGACAUUAUCUUCCCUUUCCAGUAGGUGGCAGCAGAGAUCUAUUGUUAUGGUUUAUGCUAUGGGCUUCCUUCUAGCAGCACACCUGAUCUCGCAGACAUUAUCUUCCCUUUCCAGUAGGUGGCAGCAGAGAUCUAUUGUUAUGGUUUAUGCUAUGGGCUUCCUUCUAGCAGCACACCUGAUCUCGCAGACAUUAUAUUCCCUUUCCAGUAGGUGGCAGCAGAGAUCUAUUGUUAUGGUUUAUGCUAUGGGCUUCCUUCUAGCAGCACACCUGAUCUCGCAGACAUUAUCUUCCCUUUCCAGUAGGUGGCAGCAGAGAUCUAUUGUUAUGGUUUAUGCUAUGGGCUUCCUUCUAGCAGCACACCUGAUCUCGCAGACAUUAUCUUCCCUUUCCAGUAGGUGGCAGCAGAGAUCUAUUGUUAUGGUUUAUGCUAUGGGCCUCCUUCUAGCAGCACACCUGAUCUCGCAGACAUUAUCUUCUCUUUCCAGUAGGUGGCAGCAGAGAUCUAUUGUUAUGGUUUAUGCUAUGGGCUUCGUUCUAGCAGCACACCUGAUCUCGCAGACAUUAUCUUCCGUUUCCAGUAGGUGGCAGCAGAGAUCUAUUGUUAUGGUUUAUGCUAUGGGCUUCCUUCUAGCAGCACACCUGAUCUCGCAGACAUUAUCUUCCCUUUCCAGUAGGUGGCAGCAGAGAUCUAUUGUUAUGGUUUAUGCUAUGGGCUUCCUUCUAGCAGCACACCUGAUCUCGCAGACAUUAUCUUCCGUUUCCAGUAGGUGGCAGCAGAGAUCUAUUGUUAUGGUUUAUGCUAUGGGCUUUAUUAACUUACUGUGGAAACUGACGGGGAAGAAACGUACCAAACGUCGCUCUUCAGAAGCAAAGUUUGAUCCAUGAUGCAAAGACAGAUCGAUAUAUGAAGAUUAUUUCAUUUUAUUUGAAUUAUUUUCUAGUUCUGUUAAUACAGGAUAUUGCUAGCAGUGUAAUUAAGGACAGAAAUGAUUUAGUUGGUCCUAAUAUUUAGUUUUUACGAAUUUACCAGACCCCAGAGCGGCACUGAGCACAUUAACAUACUCCCGUUUAGAGGGUCCGUGCGCAGUCCGUGGAUUGGGCACUCCGCCAAUCAGAGGCCCAGCGUUAUCUUACUUUCAAAUUGCCAAAAUACCCGCUGUAAACAAAAAACAGCUUGAGAAAAAAUAAAACUUGGAAAAAAGUGAAAUCCGCUUUUAAAGGAGAUGAUGAGAUACCGUCUCUUUUAUAAAACACAUUUUCCUUCGUCAUGUAAUUCUAAUGGGCUGUCAGAUUGUUACAUUGUACUGCGCUAUGGAAUAUGUUGGAGGUAUAGAUAUGUAUCCGUGUAGAAAAGAUACGAUAAAACUACUUAGUCUUUCAAAAAAGAAAUACAGAUAUAUUUGAAAGUAAUAUUCUGUUAAUUUAACUGUUAUCUUAAGCUAUGUUUAUUGCUUUAUUUGAUACAAGCUGUUGCUAUUGUUAAUAAUAUGCCGUCUGAGCAUUCUGUCACAGUGUCACGCUUUGUGUGACAGUUCUAUGGAAGGGGUUCUGGCUGGAGAGGGGUUAAUAGUGGCCAGUUUAGAAGGUUGAGUUGUACUGAGAUUACUGAUGCGUGGUGCCAGCAGGUGGGGGGCAGAGAAGGCGAGAUCGCAAAGUCAACGCCUGCAAAUCGCAGCACUUUGUCAUGGAAACACUCACAGGAUCCUGGUUGCUAAGACAACAUCCCAAAGGGCAGAGACAGCUCAACGUGAUGUCCAGACACCCAAGGGUUAACCCUUCAUCCAAUAUCUGUAGAGUGUAGGACCCCCUGUAAUACAUAAUGCCACCCUCCCGCACCCCGGCGGGUAAUUUACUGCACUGGUUACAUCUAAUGGACUGUCACGUUUUAUUUUAACAAUAUAUAUCUAAAGAGAAGGCUGAGAAAUCGGUUUCUUUUUUUCCCCUCUCUCUUUGUUCAUUGCUUCCAUGGUAACAAAGUGCUUUCCAAGCCUUUCUAAUCGGUACCUACCUGCUAAAAUAUGAAUUUUAUUGCUUUCGCGUUUAAAACUAAUUAUAUAAUUAAAUGCUUGAUAGAAGAAUUAUCACACGUUCACCUGUAAAAAAAACCUUUUUUUUUUCUACUAAAACCAAAUAGUAUACACCUUGUGUGCAUUUAAAUACACAAUGUUGUAUACAAAUUAUCAAACAGGUGCCCAUGAUAAGCAGUGUGCAUAAUACCAUGUCGCUUUCAUAGUAUCACACAGGGUAAGAGUUAUCCCCGAAUAGAUUACAAAUUAUAUACAAAGUAGCAAAGAUGUGUUGUAUGUGUCCUCCUACAUAACACAAUAUUGUAUACAAAGUAUCGAUCGGGUGUCUUAUAAAUAAAUAACACAAUAUUAGUAUGAAACCGGUGUGUUAGAUAAGUGCUAUGCAGAUAAUAACACAAUAUUAUAUACACAGUAUGAAACAGGUGUGUUAGAUAAGCGCUAUGCAGGUAAUAACACAAUAUUAUAUACACAGUAUGAAACAGGUGUGUUAGAUAAGCGCUGUGCAGAUAAUAACACUAUAUUAUAUACAAAGUAUGAAACAGGUGUGUUAGAUAAGGGCUAUGCAGAUAAUAACACUAUAUUAUAUACGAAGUAUGAAACCGGUCCGUUAGAUAAGGGCUAUGCACAUGCACAUAUUACUAUAGCAUAUACAAAGUAUCUAAGUGCCUUAGAUAAUGACUUUGCUCGGGUACAUAACACAAUAGUAUACCCAAAGUAUCGAACGGCCUUAGAUAAAUAACCCAAUGUUAUACACAAUUUAUGGAAACGGUGUCUGAGAUCAUUGUUGUGUAAUACAAUUAUAGCAUUUACGUUCUAUAUAAAUCGUUUCUCCGUGUGACUGCGUUUAUCAAAGUGGGCUACCAUACAAACCUAGUCUCUGUGCACAAAAAGCAGGUUCUAAUAAGUACAGAAAAUCUGCUUUCCUUUAGAAUUAUAUUUGUGUAUCUAUAUAAAUAUUACUUUUCUUUCUUUUUUUUUUUUUUUUUAAUAAGCUUCAAAUGAAUGUUUUCUUUUGUCACAUCAUAUUGUUUUCAAAGUUUAAGUAUUAAAAGGUGUUAAACCAAUGUGAAUCAGACAGAACCAGGGGCCACAAUAAUCCAGUAACCGGGAAAGAAAUCAUAGCAAAGUGUGAAGGCCGGAGUGGCCAAUAGGCAGAGUAGGCGGCUACCAACAGGCACCUUUCUACCAAGGACGUCUAUCCGAGCUACAAAUAUAUAGAUUUUUUAUAGUUGGCUAUAUUUCUUUUUUUUUUUUCAUUAUGGUUUUUGCAAUGUUUUUGUGUCACACUCCUUAAACCCCCUUUGUUUGGAAAAAUUAUACGCUUACAUUAAUAUACACACACACACACACACGGGCACAUGCACAGAAACACAUUGAUAUAUAUACACACACAUAGACUCGCACACAAACUUGGACAUACAUUUGCAAUCAAAAUUAUUCAACCCCUAUUGAAAAUCAGGUUUGUUAAAAUUUAGAGGCUUGCAGCUGUUUGCAAUGAACAAAUCUAACAAAAGCAAUUGAAAUGACUCAACAGCACAAAUACUUGAAGUGGUUUUCCCAAAUUCAACUCAAAAUGCAGCUUAUAAUGACUGCUCCAGUCUUAAAAUUAUUCAACCCCCUAAGUAGAAUCCCUCACAACAGCACAAAUAUACAAAACAGGUGGGGGCUCAAACACACUUGAUGCACUGAUCAAGGGAUUUUUUAUUAGUUGCUCCAGGUGUGCUUGAGCUGGAACACUUAAAAUACCUGAUCUGGCUAGAGGUUUGUUGAGUGUCACGUUUUCCUGCAUGUUAGAAAUAUGUCUAAGUUGAAAGAAUGGUCCACAUAGUUAAGAGAAGAGAUUAUCGCCCUUCACAAACAAGAAACCGAAUACAAAAAGAUAGCGAAGGCAAUGGAUGCUCCUGAAACACUGUUGAAAGCAUAGUUAGCAAGUACAAAGUUGAAAGAACAGAAAUAUGUCACUACCAGGACAUAUUUCUGAGAAGGCAGGUUGUAAAAAACCCUUGAGUGACUGCAAAAGACCUAUAGCAAGACUUGAUGGCAACAGUGAGCACAGUAAGGCACGCACUAAAUGCAGAGGGUUUCCUAGCCAGAACUCCAAGACUACACCACUACAGACCCAAAGUACAAGAAACGUUGGUUCCAAUAUGCUCAAAAUCAUAUAAAUAACCCACAGACGUUUGGGGAUUUUGUUCUGUGGAGGAUGAAUCAAAACUGGAACUCCUUGGCCCAGUGGAUUAGCGGUAUGUCUGAAAGACGUAGAAUGAAGCAUACACUGAAAAGAACACUCUGCCUACAGUUAAGCAUGGUGCUCAAUCUACAGUGUGCGGAAGGCAAGAUGGAGUCAUUGAAAUACCAGGAAAUCAUAAGAGAAAACAUCUUGCCAUCUGUGAGGAAACUGAAGCUUGGGCGCCAUUGGACUUUACAACAAAACAAUGAUCCCAAGCAUACCUCAAAUUCCACCAAGGUUUGGUGGCAAAAGUAGUCCUGGAAAAUUCUACAGUGGUCAUCACAGUCACCUGACUUGAACCCCAAGAAAAUCUCUGGUGGAAUUUGAAGAAGGCAGUUGCAGUACGCAAACCAAAGAAUAUUACUGAACUGGAGGCUAUUGCUGAUGAACAAUGGGCUAAGAUUCCUCCGGAACGCUGCCAGAACCUGGUGUCUGGCUAUGCAUCUUAACUAGAAAAAUGGUCAGAGUUGUGGCAACUGACAUUUAAUGUGGACAAGUGCAAGAUAAUGCAUCUUGGACGUAAAAACCCAAGGGCAGAGUACAGAAUAUUUGAUAGAGUCCUAACCUCAACAUAUGAGGAAAGGGAUUUAGGGGUGAUUAUUUCUGAUGACUUAAAGGUAGGCAGACAAUGUAAUAGAGCAGCAGGAAAUGCUAGCAGAAUGCUUGGUUGUAUAGGGAGAGGUAUUAGCAGUAGAAAGAGGGAAGUGCUCAUGCCAUUGUACAGAACACUGGUGAGACCUCUCUUGGAGUAUUGUACACAGUACUGGAGACCGUAUCUUCAGAAGGAUAUUGAUACCUUAGAGAGGGUUCAGAGAAGGGCUACUGAACUGGUUCAUGGAUUGCGGGAUAAAACUUACCAGGAAAGGUUAAAGGAUCUUAACAUGUAUAGCUUGGAGGAAAGACGAGACGGGGGGAUAUGAUAGAAACAUUUAAAUAUAUAAAGGGAAUCAACACAGUAAAGGAGGAGACUAUAUUUAAAAGAAGAAAAACUACCACAACAAGAGGACAUAGUCUUAAAUUAGAGGGACAAAGGUUUAAAAAUAAUAUCAGGAAGUAUUACUUUACUGAGAGGGUAGUGGAUGCAUGGAAUAGCCUUCCAGCUGAAGUGGUAGAGGUUAACACAGUAAAGGAGUUUAAGCAUGCGUGGGAUAGGCAUAAGGCUAUCCUAACUAUAAGAUAAGGCCAGGGACUAAUGAAAGUAUUUAGAAAAUUGGGCAGACUAGAUGGGCCGAAUAGUUCUUAUCUGCCGUCACAUUCUAUGUUUCUAUUUGCAGUGGUCAUAGUGAAAGGGUGCUAUACAAAGUACCAAAGAUGCUUGCCAUGAAGGGCUUGAAUCAUUUUGAGGCUGGAGAAGUCAUUAUAAGUUGCGCUUUCAGUUGAGUUUGGGGAAACCACUUGAAACAUUCAUCGUGCUGAGCUUUCAAUUGCUUUUCUUUGAUUUGUUCAUCGCAAACAGCUGAACGUCUGUAAAAUUUUGACAAUAAGUCUGAUUUCCACUGGGGGUUGAAUCAUUUUGAUUACAGCUGUAGAUACACAUUCACAGACUCAUACAAAAACACACAUUCAUAUACACACAGGGUCACACACACACACACACAGGGUCACACACACACACACACGGUCACACACACACACAGGGUCACACACACACACAGGGUCACACACACACACACGUUUCUUUCCUUUCUGAUCUCUGCCUAUCUCCGUUUAAUACUGCGGUAAGUUAAUAUAUUUGUUUUUAUUUUCUAGCUUUGUUUUUACCAUUAUCUAUGAGAAUGAUCGAAAUGAGAGGUCUCAGUGGUAAGUAAUCUUUACUUUUUCUAACCAAGGGAAGCAAAGAAUUAUGAUUCUCUCUAGUAAAACUGUUAUCUGUUAAAUAGCUAGUCUAGAAAUAUAUUUCACAGAAUGAGAAGAAAGUAAAGAAGAUCAGUCAUUUAAAAAAACCAAAAAACAACGGUUUCCUGUGUUUUGUUUUUAAUUCCACAAUGAAACGACAUGUGUUUGUGCCUGCCGAGUAGUUCAGACAGAUGAUUAUUAAGGCAAGAUAAAGGUAGAUUUCUGUAAAUCUCAUUGUAUUUGAGAAGCCGCACAGUGUCUCUCUAGUUAAAGGACCACUAAAGUCACAUGGACCAUCUCAAUGUUGCCGUUUUAAACAUGUCAGUUUUGUAGAUAGGACAAUGGUUAAAUCCACCUUUAUUGGCUGCCACAAUGAGAGCCACUUCCUCUGCUACGAUUGAGUGAAACCUGGUUAUGUGACCAAAGGCAGCUCAUGCCGCGCAUGCACGUCUAUCCUCAGUGCUCCUGAAAGAGGAGCAUCCAUUAAAGCUGGAUGACAUCGCUGGAGCAAAGCGUGAGCUCUGAGGGAAAAAAAUUUUUUUUCCAGCUUUUUGCUACAAAUGGGGAGUGUAGCAAAAUGGGGAGUGUUCAUGGACAGGUUUGUAUUCGUAAAUCUUUAGUGUUACUUUUAAAGCCAUCUCGAGCUCCUUACAAAACAUACACCAGGGGCAGAGCCGAAACUUCCGAGCUGAGCGGUCGCAUCCCUUGCAAGCUCCGUAACACCGAGCAUCAAAAACCCACAUUACACACAGAAAUUACCCGACUUGGUGCCCGAGACUACUACCCCAGUUGAGGCGAGGAUAGCAUGGGGCGCAAGACAAAAAAGCAAAAAGCUGACAAGCCGUGGAUGGGCUUAAACAUCAGAGAUAUGUGAAGACAGGCACAUGGCACAGCUGGGACCAAGAUGGCCGCUUACCCGGAAACGUACUCUAAGCUAUCUGACUACUUGGGGGAGAUGGAGGAAAUACCCACCACGCGUCCACCCCCACUGGCUCAACUGAAUCCGGACACAUCUCCAGUGACCACCGCAGCACUGAAGGAACUUCUGGCCAACCUCCAGCAGAUCAGAAUAAAACCCAAGCCAUGCUACUAAAGGAACUGAGGGUGAGCUUGGAGACAGGUUUGUGUGUGGAUUGUGUCAGGAUUGUGUCUGGGAAAGUCUAUAAAAAUGUUUGGCUUCAUUAAAGGUUUCCACAAUUCUAGUUUCCUCCAUAAUUCUUAAAGUGAAGAAGUUUGGAACAACCAUGACUCUUUCUGGAACUGGCCACCUGGCUAAACUGAGCAAUUUAGGAAGAAGAAUUUUGGUGGGAUAGGUGACCAAGAACAAGAUGAUCAGCCUGAGUGAGCUCCAUAGAUCGUUUGUGGAGAUGGGAAAUUUGCAUAAAGACAACCAUCACGGCAAUACUCCACCGAUCUGGUCUUUAUGGCAGACUGGCAAGACUGAAGCCUCACCUUACUGUGAGCCACAUGAAAGCCUGCAAGAAAUAUAGCCCAUAAAGAUGUCGAGAUGUCGAGCUUUUGUUUUUUGUACAUUUUUGGGGGGGAGGGCAUCAGUAAAUGGAAUUUUGACAUUUCUAUCUAAAUGGUAAUCCCAAUGUCUGUUUAAUCCUUCUGGGUUCCUGUAUUUGCUUAUCAAGAAGAAAGAAAAACACACCCACCAUUCUCUUUCCAAGUCGUCCAUUAGGAGGUAAAAUGAUAACCCCGGGGCCAUGUAUUUGCUAAACACCGGCUGCCAGACCUUAUUUUAAAGAGUUGCGUCAUUUGGUCGUCAUUAGCCAGCCUGAAAGAAGAGUCCAGGGCUAGCUAAUAUCAAUUCUGGACAAUCAGCCCGUUGUAGUGGUUAUGGUGCCAUUUUCGAGCAGUUUGACACAAACCAAUGGACCCUCCAGACUCCUGCAGCCUGGUCUCUCUCUAGCUGUAUUGCUACUGCAACUUUAAAUUACAGCCGAGCGGUUAUGAAUGCUAAUGCUUUGAGAAAAAAUACUGUUCUCUGCCUGUAAGAAGGCAUUGGGGAAAAAAAUAACUAGAAUCGGAAUCUAAACUCAGAGUUUUCUAAUUCAGAUUUUUAGUUUGGAGCUUGUCUGUAACUGCUCUGAGGGGGAAAACCGAUCUUAGACUUGGAAUGUGCUCGUUCAAAGGCUGAGAGACAUGCUGCGCUGUUAGAGGACGAUGAAACUAGGAUUAUUAAUCCCGUAUCCCGCGGCGCUGUUCCUUAACACCUACACCAUUUAUUGCUGUGUAUAAUAUGUGCAUGACAAUAACUCAUUUUACACAACUCCCAUCACUCACAGAAAUAAUCCAGACAAUCCUUUUUGUGAUACCUCCUAUAGCGUUCUCCUAUUUAACCCUUUCCCUCCCAGCUGCAUUAAUCCCCAAGCUGACCUUCAUUUUGUAAUUUGAUAGUGAAGGGGUUAACUCUUCGUGCCCAGCUGUUGCACAGAUCAACGGACCGACCCUCAGAGGGUUAAAAUACCUUUUGAUAUUGAAAAGAGGCUGAUUUUCCACAAUUAGCCUUGAUGACUUUAAAUGGCUGUCUCCUGCUGGUAGGAUAAUGGGGCCCCCUGGGGCCAAUAUGCAUUAUCCAGAACAGGCAGAGCUCCAGAGGAGAAGUGUCCUGGACACUUUGGAGUCGCAUAUCCUAAAAACGUUUUAACCCAUCCUAAGCCAGCUUUUAUUGAUUUGACCCUAAUCGGACUCUCUGCUGCCUGGUUCCCCCGCAGUGCUGCGCAUGGUGAAUUGGUGGUUUGACCCGAGUGCUCUUUAAUUGAGUUGGGUUUACAGUGAGUAGGACCCUGCUGGCACAUGCUGAUUGGUGGCGGCAUGUCACAGUGAUUGUCCUUAGAGGGAACAUGCAUUUCCUGUGUUUAUCUGCACUUCAUAGCGCUGCAUGUAUUUCCAGACUGAGCCAGUGCACCCUAAGGCUCUGGUGGGCCUGAUGGCUAGAAGAUUUUGUUGCUUGUUAAGUAUAGUAACUCUGUAUACAUCUAGUUAUCCCUAAAGCAAAAAUGUGUGUUUUGCAUUGUAUUGGGAUGUAAUGUGUUGCACAAGCCUAUGAUUAAACAGUCGCUCCAAGCACCAUAACAACUGUGUAUCAGUGCCCAGGUUAGAAUUAUUAUCUACGUAGCGCCAACAAAUUCCAAAGCGCUGUAGUUACAGCCUAUGGCCUGUGGAGUGUGUGGCAAGCAUUUCAUGGGCUCUCACUGCUCCUGGUCUCUAUGUUGCUAGAAGGGGCCCCUAAAAUGACUAAACUGCUGAGAGGGACUCUAUGUAACGUGCUACGGAAUCUGUUGGCACUAUAUAAAUGGCAAGAAUAAUAUGUGCCACUGCAGUCACUGUGUCAAUGAAGAUCAAAUGGAAAACAUAAAAGUAAAUAAAUUAAAAUGAUUAAUAUUGCUAUAAAAAAACAAGAAUUGGGGGGCGUGGCCUAGCAGAGAACGAGCACGAACGUGUGAAUCCUGAGCUCCUCCGACCGGCGGUGUUCACAGCGUGUCUAAACAGCUUUCAACCCCAGCAAAAUAACACCACAAGCAGGUAAUCACCCUGCACACCUAUGGCAGCGAAAAUGAGCAACAAAUUGAAGCAGUGCUCGAUCCAAAUGCAUCUUACACACACACAGAGGUGCAGGGCCAAAAUCCAAGAUGGCGCUGAUCGCACAGUGCACCUGACCUUACUCAAACGGUCACAAACACCACUUUACAAGCCAUGCUAGUGGACUUGAAAACAACCUUCCACACUGACUUGCUCCAAGUAGCAACAGACAUCAGAGUAGAUAUACAAUCUCUAGGUGACCGGAUGGCGCACUUAGAAGAAAGGGCAGAAAAGAUUGUGGAUGCCCAUAACAACUUGGCAGAAGCCUAUACUUCCCUAGAGAACAAGCUUAAAGCCCUGGAGGAAAAGGUCGCAGACCAUGAAGACCGGGACCGGCGCAAUAAUGUGCAGAUAAGGGGGAUCCCAGAAUCCGUGACGCCACGUGAGUUAACCGCCUAUGUCCAAGAUCUAUUCUGGGCCUAUAUACCAGCCCUCACAGAUACGGACGUAUUAUUAGACCGCACACACCGUCUGCCCAGACCUAGACAUUUAGGUCCCACUGUCCCCGGGGAUCACUAAACUCCACUAAUACACCACUAAGGACAAAAUCAUGCAGGCAUCAAGGAGCCAAACACCAUCACCAGGCCCAUUUGAGCACAUCAAGCUUUUUAUAGACUUAUCCUCCGCUACUAUGUCCAAACGGAAAACCUUUUCCCCCAUCACAGCAGCACUGAGGUCGGCCAACAUACCCUACAAAUGGGGCUUUCCAGCCAAACUGCUGGUGAAGAGAAACUGUACAGAUAAGACCAUCCUCUCCCCUGAUGACGGCAAAAAGCUACUCUUAGAAUGGAAUAUACCAGUUCAAGCUGUGGAAAAACCUCCACCAAAUGGACGCUCUCCUGUCAAACUUAACAGAGACUGGUCCAAGGUCACCCACAUUAAGCACACCAAGGCACCCUUAAUAAAGGGCUGGGUAACUGCUCUUUCAUGCCACUACCAAUUAUGCAGAAUUACGAUGGUUUGCUCUCCUCUCUCUCUCUCUCACCUUUCUCUUAUUGUCAUUAUGGUUUUCUUUUUUCUACGCUUGAUGUGAUUUAGAGAGGGGACAUUACUAGUCUGCCAUAUAUGGUAAUUGAUGCCAACCUACUUAUGGGUUGUUUAUAAAAUGUCAGGAAUAACGCCACGGUCGGGGACUACUGUCCCAUAUACGCCAGAUAGCGAUAUACACUUCUGGCCAAACCACUAAAUUGACCAUACACCCCAGGGGUGGCUUUGGGAACAAGCCACACAUGUUAUUACACUAGUUGACAAACGGUCUUAUGUAUAUAGUUAUUUUUUUCAUUUGAGUUUCUUAAUUUCAUGUUUAUGGUCAACACAAGAAAAUCACAAUUUUCCAUUAUGGUCUAAGUACUUGAAGAUUUCUCCUGAGAUGUGGAGGUCUAGCUCUCCACCGACCACACGUCAGUUGCCCUCUCGCAUUCAGCGACCUAACACCCCAUGGUACUAAACCUUUUCUCGCUAAAUGCGAAAGGGCUUAAUUCGCCCAAUAAAAGGCGACUGGCACUGGAGGAGGCAAAGUCCCACAAUGCACACAUAGUCUUUUAUCAGGAGGCACACUUCAUGUGGGGUCAUCGCCCUAAUUUUACCUCUAAGCAUUUCCCUGUCAAUUUCCAUUUAUGCUACACCACAAAAAAAAAAAGGAGUGUCUAUUUUAGUUAGUAAGGAUGUUGUAUUCUCCCUAGUCAGGAAAAUCAGUGACAAAAAAGGAAGGGAUCUAAUUCUACAAUGUUAUAUCAACAAUAACCCCUUUACUUUUAUCAAUGUAUAUAGCCGUAAUGAAAACCAACUUGCUUUCUUAGAAACUGUCUUGGCAUUAGCCAAUACACACACUUUCGGAGAAGUGAUUGUGGGGGGCGAUACCAAUUUUUUGCUAGAUGCCGACUUGGAUUCCUCCCAACAUAGGGACAUUCUAGCCCACACACGGAAGCGCAGAUAGAUUCAAUCCUCCCACGUCCGCCACACCUUGAUGUCCCGCAAUUUUAUUGAUCCGUGGAGACUAUCACACCCACUGGAAAGGGUUUACUCAUGUUACACAGCAGCACAUAGAUGUUACUCUAGAAUUGACCGAUUUCUAAUCCUCGCCACCUCCUUCCCCCGAGUACUAGACACACAGAUUGUCUUAAUCAGGUGGUCAGACCAUGCCCCAAUUAUCAUGCAAUUGAGGGAACAAUUUAACACCAGAGGCCAGGGUAGUUGGUGUUUAACUGAAAGCCUCUUUACAGACCCAGCUAUUGUGGCACAGAUAGAACGAGACUUAUGAAAUUACUUCCUAGAAAAUAAAACCCCUGAUUCCUCAGCAAAUAAUGUCUGGCUGGCGCAUAAGGCGGUCAUCAGAGGCUGUUUUAUUAAACAUGCCAGUUAUGCAAAAAAACAACGCCAAAAAAACCUAUACAUAUAUACUCACAGAACUGACAACCAUAACACACAUCAAUAAGCAUAACCCAACUCACUCUAGCCACUCCAGAGUACUACAACAACAACUCAGAGACUUAGAAUUUUCCAAAACCACAUAUUGUAAGAAAAUUGAAACACAACUUUUUUGCUUCAGGCAAUAAAGCGGGAGCCAAGUUGGCAUCACAACUAAAAACAUGAUCCAUCACUUCCAGAAUCGCUUACCUCGAAAACUCACAAGGGACUCGCAUACUUGACACUGACGGUAUAGCCAACGAAUUUGCUACCUACUACAAAUCCUUAUAUAAGCUGAAAGAUGAUCAGUCAACUGAUGUUCCCACAGCUGACGCCAUAGAGUCCUUCCUUUCCGAUCUCAAACUACCGACCCUACUCCCUGAAGACAUAGCAUACCUCAACAAACCCUUCACACUCGAGGAGGUGUUAGUGACUGUAUCCUCACUACCAACACAUAAAUCCCCACAGGGCCGGUGCUUGGAUUUUUAGGUACAUAGGCGAAGAUGCAUCUUUCCGCCCCUCCCCCUCCCCCCCAAAAAAAAAAACAUCUUCACCUAUGUGCCUCUUAACCAGCCCCUCUCCCCUCCCCAACCAUUAGUGGUCCCUUCCCUGUCCCUCAGUGUUCUUCUCCCCCCUCUUUUCCCUGUCUCUUGGUGUUUCUCUCCCAUUCUGUCCCUUGGUGCACCCCACACCCCUUUAGUGGUCACACUCCCCUUCCUGGUGUGCCUACUACCUCUAUUGUUGCAUUGCCGAGCGGAGCAGAUCCCCUAAAGGAGCUUCAAUUUUCUGUACCCGGCCGGACUGACAGGGAGUGCUCUCUCUUUGAGCACCUCCUGUCAGUCUGGCCACGUACAGGAAACAGAAGCUCCUGUACCGCGCUCUGCUCCGUUACACUCUGUACACACUGACAGUCAACACUCAAUGACAAACACACAGACGUCACUGACAGACACAGACUCAUUGAUUUGUCACACACUCAUUCAUUGACACUGACAGACCCACACUGAUUGACACUCAUUGACAGACACACUGAUAGUCACACACAGACUCAAUGACAAACAUACUCUCACUGAUUUGACAGACACACACUCAUACACUGACAAACACACUCAUCAUACACUGACAGACACACUCAUACACUCACAUGCAGACACACUCAUACAAUCACUCACAGACACACACACACAGAUGCACUCACACACACACACACUCAGUCACUCACAGACACACACAGACGCUCUGUCACUCACAGACACACACACUCUGUCACUCACAGACACACAAACUCUGUCACUCACACACACUGUCACUCACAGACACACAAACUCUGUCACUCACACACACAGUCACUCACAGAUACACACACUCUGUCACUCACACACACAGUCACUCACAGACACACACGCUCAGUCACUCACAGACACACGCUCACUCACUCACAGACACACACACACACUCUGUCACUCAAACACACAGUCACUCACAGACACACACACUUUGUCACUCACACACACGCUCAGUCACUCAGACACACACACUCACUCACAGACUCACACACAGACUCACUCUCACACACACACACACUCAGUCACUCACACACACACACACAGACGCUCUCUCACUCACAGACACUCACACUCUGUCACUCACACACACACACACUCUGUCACUCACAGACACACAAACUCUGUCACUCACACACACAGUCACUCACAGAUACACACACUCUGUCACUCACACGCUCAGUCACUCACAGACACACACGCUCAGUCACUCACAGACACACGCUCAGUCACUCACAGACACACACACACUCUGUCACUCAAACACACAGUCACUCACAGACACACACACUUUGUCACUCACACACAUGCUCAGUCACUCAGACACACACAGUCACUCACAGACACACACACUCAGUCACUCACAGACACACACACUCUGUCACUCACAGACACACACACUCUGUCACUCACACACACAGUCACUCACAGACACACACGCUCAGUCACUCACAGACACCCACACUCUGUCACUCACACACACAGUCACUCACAGACACACACACUCUGUCACUCACAGACACACAUCACAUACAUUCACUAAUUAUUUUAUAAAUACACAUUUGCCACCCAGCCUCCCUACCUGGAGAGCUGGUGUGGAUGAUGGAUCGGUCCCUGAGGGCUGGGGGGCUGGGGCUGCUGAGAGGCGUGCGGCAGUGCUGUGAUCAGGCGCGGCGAGGGAGCUCUAAUCUCCACACUCUGCUCCCUCGCGGGCUGCCUACUGAUGCUGUGGGAUGACGUCAUAGUCCGGCUCCCGCGGCAUCAGCAGACAGCGCGCGAGGGAGCAGAGAGGUUAGAGCUCCCUCGCCGCGCCUGAUCACAGCACUGCUGCGCCGGCGGUUGAGAUGGUGGCCUGGCAGGAGGGAGAGCUUCCCUCCUGCCGGUCACUGAAAUAUUGCGCGCCCAGAGCCCGCGCGCCCUAAGGGGCGCCUUAUGGACGCGCCGGCCCUGAAUCCCCAGGCACUCCAACGAGUAUUAUUGCACCUUUUCUCAUGUACUCUCUUCACACCUCUUAGGCCUUUUCCAACAUAGUGCUAAUCAUGGAUCCUUACCUUAAGAAAUGUUGUUUGCCCACAUCUCAACACUACCCAAACCUGGGAAAACUGCUACUACUUGCAAGAAUUUUAGACCAAUCUCAUUAUUAAACUGUGAUGCAAAGAUACAUGCGAAGCUUCUCAGCAACCGCUUAACACCUCUCCUACCGAAGCUCAUACACAAUGACCAAACGGGAUUUGUGAUGGGCAGACAAGGUUCAGACAAUUCCAGGAAGGUCUUGGAUAUUCUGGCAGUGAUGGAGAGGAGGAGCACCGGAGGCCUUUUCCUAGCGCUAGAUGCGGAAAAGGCCUUUGACAGACUACACUGGCAAUAUAUGCGGUUUUGGCCAAGUUUCAUAUCCCUGAGCAGAUCACUACCCAAAUCAUGGCCCUGUAUAAUGCCCCAGGCGCAAGGGUCUCCUAUGGCGGCUUUUUGCUUUCUGUCGGACCCAUUCCUGAUCACUAACGGGACCCGGCAAGGCUGCCCCCACAAACACAUUCAGGGAGUGCAAACUAAAGGACAAGACUGCCAACUCGCCCUCUUUGCAGACGAUAUUUUUAUAGCACUGUCAGACCCUAUGUCGGCUCUACCCCAUCUAUUGGCAUUAUUGAAAGAGUUCGGGACUAUAUCACACUACAAAUUGAACCAAGAUAAAACACAAGCCUUACCGGUCGGGCUCCCACAAAAGAUAGUGCUCAAAAUGAAAGAGUCAUAUCUCUUUGAUUGGAGAACAUCCUCCCUCACACAUUUGGGAACUAAAAUCACCCCCUCCCUAGCGGGUAUAGCAAAAUUCAACUACACUCCUUUAAUCCAGAUGUGUAAAACUGACACUCAAAAAUGGAAAAACGCACACCUAUCCUGGCUAGGUAAAAUUAAUGCCUUCAAAAUGAUUACCCUCCCGCGCAUAUUAUAUAUAUUUCGCAUGCUACCAGUUAUAAUCCCACACUCAUGGUGUAAAACCCUACAAUCGGUCUGUAGCUCUUUCGUAUGGGGAGGUAAGAGGCCGAGUCUGCCACUCGCCCUACUACAGAAAUCUCAUGGGCUUACCAAGCAUUCGACUAUACCUUCAGGCCUCACUACUAGCCGCAAGCGUAACCCUACAUACACCGAAAGGACAGACACAGUGGGUAGAUCUAGAAGGGGCCUAUUUUACGAACUACUCAAUGACUGAAUAUAUGUGGACACCGAAGUCCCUUCGAACUCCAGAACGAGACUUACUCCCCACUACGCAAUUAACUUUGCGUGUAUGGGAUGACUUCUUACACAAGCUUGGUUAUAGAGAUAAGAUCCACCCUAAAGCGCCGAUAACGGUGAUCAAAAACAUAUCCCCAAUCGGCUCAUUAGACAAAUGGAAAACUUUGGGCAUUACACAAAUAUACCACUUAUUAGAGGGACGUACAGUGAAAACUUUCCGGGACCUUCAGAAGGUCUGGGGCCUUGGUGACAGAGAUACUUUUUUGUACCUACAGGUGCAAAGCAUCUUAUUAUCACAUAUCUACACUGAUGCCACCAAUACAGCCAACCAUCUGCCCCUUAACCCGCAAUUAGUGUUGCAGAGGUGCAUAAAUGCCCCAACCAAACCAAAGGCCUUGUCCCUGUGCUACAAAGCGGGACUAGAAUUGCAACCCGUAAGACCAGAACCCUGUAGAUCCCAUUGGGAGAGGGAUAGUGGAGUUAUACUAACAGAGACUAGAUGGCUCCGAGCACUUAACCACCUGUCAAAAUGGACUAGGUGCUAUACGCACAUAGAGGCACACAGAAAACUUAUUUAUCGUUGGUAUUUAACACCCCACAAACUGAGCAAAAUAUACCCAAUGUCACCUUCGACAUGCUUGAGAUGCAUGAAAGAAGAGGGGACUAUGCCCCACGUGUAGUGGACCUGCGCUGGGAAACGUCCACUAUGGACGGAAGUCCAAUCACUACUGUCCCUCGUAGGGGCGGUCUGUCCCUCGCAGGGGCGGUCUGUCCCUCGCAUGGGGCUGCCUGUCCCUCGCAUGGGCUGCCUGUCCCUCGCUUAGGCUCUCUGUCCCUCGCACAAGAUGUCUGUGUAAAGGGGGGGCUGGUAUAAUGCCCUGUGUUUUGUAACACCCAGGGGGACCCCAUGUGACCGUAUUCCUGCAAUUACUUAUUAGUAAUAUUGUAUUAAAUUGAAAGAGAUCAACCACUUAGCAGUUCCAGGGUUAAUACUGUUCAGUCACUGUUUGUCUUGUUUGCCGCCAGUCCUCUGGCCACGUGUGGUUUUACUUGGUAAGAAUCGAUUUUCAGUGGCUCUGUAAGGAGUACAUUCGUCUAUACCGUGUAUCAGGGAAUUCUUGAAGGGGUUGUACUGCCUGCUGCCGCAGUCUGUUUGGUCCUCGGAGCAGGUUUUCAUCUUAUUAUUUUUAUCUUUCAGGUACGCCUGCUGUGAUACGGUGGCAGACAUGAGAGAGUGGUACGCGGCUUUCAUUCACGUACAGGUACAGGAAACUCUACAGUUAAUAUUGUCUGUGCACCAGAUACCACUUUAUAGGGACACGCAUCACUUGGCUUUUUUUUCUUUUUAUUUUCUGAGGGGGAGGUAGGGAAGCAGGGGGAGCACAGUCAGAGGGGGGGCACAGUCAGAGGGAGAGGUAAGAGAGCAGGGAUUGCACAGUCAGAGGGGGAGCAAGGGAAGCAAAGUCAGAGGGCAGGUGGGGUUGCACAGUCAGAGGGGCAGGUGGGGUUGCACAGUCAGAGGGCAGGUGUGGUUGCACAGUCAGAGGGAGCAGAAGGGCACACAGUCAGAGGGAGCAGGGGCGCACAGUCAGGAGGGGGAGCGGGGUAGCACAGUCAGGAGCAGGGGGUGCACAGUCAGAGGGGCAGGUGGGGUUGCACAGUCAGAGGAGCAGGGAUUGCACAGUCAGAGGGGGAGCACAGUCAGAGGAGGAGCUGGGGGACACAGUCAGAGGGGGAGCAGGGGGAGCACAGUCAGAGGUGGAGCACAGUCAGAGGGGAAGCAGGUGGGGUUGCACCGUCAGAGGGGGAGCAGGGAUUGCACAGUCAGAGGGGGAGCACAGUCAGAGGAGGAGCUGGGGGACACAGUCAGAGGGGGAGCACAGUCAGAGGUGGAGCACAGUCAGAGGGGGAGCAGGUGGGGUUGCACAGUCAGAGGGGGAGCAGGGAUUGCACAGUCAGAGGGGGAGCAGGGAUUGCACAGUCAGAGGGGGAGCAGGGGGCACACAGUCAGAGGGGCAGGUGGGGUUGCACAGUCAGAGGGGGAGCAGGGGGCGUACAGUCAGAGGGGGAGCAGGGAUUAAUAUGUAUGUGAAUGUUAGAUUACAAUUAUUUAUGCUGGGUUUUGUUCACUAUUUUUCCUUUAAGACCACGACACCGGGCCUUUCAGUCACACAGAGUAAAGAUGUAUUUAAUUUUUUUGCAUUGAAUGCCCAUUUUGUACAAAAUAGCAACAGGGAAAUCAAAAUUGGGGAUUCACAUCUCACAUAGUGUAAUGUAAAUGGAAUAAUAAAAUAGAAAUUCAAUCCCAAAUUCAGAGCGCAGAGACUGCCAAACAUGAGCACCCAAACACCCAUCAAGCGUAGCCAGCCAAAAUACGUCUAAAUCUGUUGGUAGUAGAAUACCACCUCAACGGGAAUUUUUUUAAACAGAGGCAUGAAUUACUAAAUAAUUACGGAACCUAUUCCAUGACUGUACUAUAUACAGAAUAAAUGGAGGGAUAUACAAAGUACACGUCCCUCGGCACAUACCGGUAACAUUGGAGACAUCCCCCAACAGCUGGCAGGAAGAAUGUGAUAAGCCACAUGUACUAACCCACACUUAGUGGGCUUCCUUUUAGCUUGUGUGCUAUCCUGGGGCUGAGUGGAAGGAGUGAGGAACUCACCGUGUUUUUUGUCUAGGGGAGGUGCUGACCACGAACACGUCUAACAAGCAUUCCCAGCCAGCACACGUCCUAGGGUCUUGCAAUGUCAGUGAUGACCUCACGAGAUCUCUCAAAUAUGCAUGCACAACUCUUUAAUUCCAAUUCCUAGGGAUAGGAUCCUGAUUGGCUGAAUCAGUGUUCCCCAUAAUGUAGGCUUUGAACACAGGAAAUAAAAUCAUAGUUACCUGCUUUUUCUGCCUCUAGAAUGUGACUACUUUAUCAUUUAAAGGCAAAGCCUUGAUGAGACCAUUUUUAUUUUGAAAUUGAUGCAAUUCAUUAUUCAGUUUUAAGUACCUGGACUUCUCAGUUUGGGUAUCUUUCUCCCCUGCUCUCAAUAUGCUGUGCAUGGAUCCCCUCUGAAAUCAGCUGCAGAGUCCCAGAAUAAUUCGGAAACAUGUAGAACAAAACACUGCACUGUGGCUUUACCAAUUAAACUGAAAAUCUAUAUUGCUAUUUAUUUAAUAAUCGGAGUGCAGCCAGCCAAAUAACGUGUGCAUAGUUAAAUAAAAUCUACAUGACUGAAUUGCUUCCCCAGAAGUGUAAGAUAUUGUUAUAUAACAAACCGUCAUCCAUGGACGUAUAUAUACACAAGAAAUAAACUCUAUGUUUUAAAUAUUUAAUGUACAAUAACAUUUUCUGUUUUAAUAACUGACACAUUGUAUACAAACCCUAAGGGCUCAUAGUCUCUGUUUUAUCUAUUUGUAAAGAUUCAGUGGAAAUAAGCAACGUUAGUCUUUUUAAAAAGGGAUAAAUUAGGGGAUAAUGAAUUGAUUCCUGCCGGGUUACAUUUAUGAUAUUUAGAAAAUGAAUAGCUAUUGUAAUGUGUGUAAUAUGGAGCUCCCUCCGCUUUCCAGAGUGAGAUUAUUCUCUGUAUUGCACAGUCACAAACGCACCACUUAUCGGGAUUACUAAACAUUUGUAACUUUGUACAAUAAUGUGAUGGCUAUAGCGGGCGCCAAGACUGUGUCUAGAAAUAAUUUUAUUUUAUUUCUGAUUAACUGAUACAGGGCUCAAAUCUCAUUUCAUUUUAUAUUGAGUAUUGGCCAGUACAAACUGUAUCCAGGGUUUAAAAAGCUAAACAUUCAAGUGUCUUCGUAGUAUCUCUCUGGUAGUGUUGCAUCUGCAAUUUAAUAGGGUUUUAAAAUGUGUCCUAUGCCACAAAUUUGCUAAAUUUAUGAAUUUUAGUUUUACAUAAUCCUGGCUUAUCAAGGCCAUUACGCAGUGUUUGGGGAGAUAAAUCUUCUCACUUUUCACUUUUAGACAGUUUCAUUGCCAUUUUUUUACUUCCUGUUAGAAAGAUUAAGUUCUCUCUCUGUAAAGAUCCCUCUAAGGUUUUCUGAAGUGGCAUCCAUUCUGCUUAACUAACGGACCCUAAUUAACGAUUCCAAAACAAAGUAGACAAUCCUUGUCAGAACAUUCCACGAACAACAAUUCCUUGUUAACCUAAUCCAUGGACCUGUCUAACGGGCUCUUGUCUUCUGUCUUAUUUGUAACUAGCAUGGCAGUCUUUGGCGUGAACAGACUUCAAUAACAAGAACACGGCCAUCACAACUGGACAGCAUGUUUGGCAGUAUGUCCCUCAUUCCUAUCCGAGGAAGUGAGAACGACAUACGAAGAAGUGUAGCGGCAUUCAACACAGACCCAGUGAGUAACUGUUUUGCCUCGAGUGGGGAGCGGGGUGUAUAUGUACACAGGAGUUGUGCCGUUCAUUACUUGGGACAAUAGAGGUGUAAUAGAUAACGGAGGGCAAGGCUGUCCCCGGCACUUUGCCCCACAGAGGUCUAGAGGACGCCCAGUUACAUUUAUAUCAUUUUAGCUUUACAUUUGUUGGGAAACUUUUAUAAGCAAUACUCUUACUUAUAACUUGGAGUGCCCCUUUAAAAGCAGACGGCUAUGCUGGUUCUGUUUCAUAGCUAUUCCGGCUCCGUGGAGUUUUCGAGUAUUCUUGUAUAUCUGACUGGAGGUUUACAGGAAGUCUUUGAACAGCAGAAACUGGAUCCAAAUUUUGAAUAAUGGAACUCGAUCGUGAAGAUUUUCGCCCAAACUGGAAUUUGUUUUUUAUUUUGAAAAUAUUAAACAUUGAUUCAGAGUAACUGCUGAUGUUCCUCUCGGAGUAUUUUGCUAUUUGUUCAGAAAGAAAUCCUGGGUAAUUGAUCAGAAUGUGCUUGCAGGACACCCUCUGUGAUUUAUAAAACACGCCUCGGGCUGCAAUAUCCAACGGAGACGGCUUAAUGUAAAUUGUUUAGUGGUUGCAAUGCACUGAUUAAUGCAAUUAUAAAAUAAAUGCUCUUGCAGUCUGUUUUUCUGAGCAUUUAAAGGAAACCUGUAAGCGUUAUUAUUAGUAUUAUGGGCCGGUGGAAGCUGCUACGCAGGGAACUGGUUUCAAAUUAAAGUAGUUUGUGUUAUAUUGCUUUAAAUGUUUCACCAUGUUCCUAGAUAUUAUUUGGAGCUCGAUAUUAAUGCAGCUUCUCCUAGUAUGGCAUCACUGGGUGAAUUUGCAAAAUACGGGCCCUCCCACAAAUCUAAGUAACAUAUAACAAGUUCCUACUAAACAGAAAAUACCAUUGGCCGCAGAAAGAUUGGGCUAUUAGCCGACAAGCGACCUUGACGUUACAAAAGGUUGAGGUUACAAAAGAUUAAUCUUUAACAAGCUGUAUAGUGGCUCUUCUCAAGGUAAGUAGUCAGAUCAUUUGCCAACUUGCCUGACUAACUGUUGCUACAGCCUAUUCUGGAGCCAGAAGAGUCGUGCCGCGCAGGGCCAGUGCCACCAGGCAUCGCUGAAUGCUGCAUCUUCCGACUUCAGAGAGUUGGUGCUUUGUGGACUCCAGGUAAGUUGUCAAACUGUUCACGAACGGUGUGGCUACUUACUCUGGGAGUACACCAAGGCACUCAGGCCACCAUAAUCACUAUGACGUGCUGUAAUAGUUAUGGUGCUUGAAUAAUUCCUUCAACAUGGCAGUAAGAUUUGGUUUCCAGCCAAUCCUCAGGCACAUGGGCGAAUCUCACAUCUCCGGAGCAGAAGGGGUUCUAAACUUCCUGCCCUAAUAUGUACUGUUUUAAAUGCUCCUCUAUCCGCUAUCGGAUAAAUUAGACUUUUUGUUUUGUAUGAAAUUUGAUAUGUUUGCUCUACCUUAAUUGGACUUUUUCUUGUUUUAUCUCCAGCUUAUAGGAAAUGUAUGAAAAGACAAACAUUCCCGGUAAAUAUCCUUUACUCUCCUCCUUUCUAAUCCUAGAUCUAACUUUCUGCUGUUAUCGCGAGUAGAUUGUACUGUACGUUUUUGGCCCCUCUCAGAAAUAAAAUGGCUUUUGGUUAAAUACCAGACUAAAACACAUUUUAUUAUUCAUGAAAGUACAAGGAGUGGUGCAGCGCCUAAAGUGUCCUUAAAAUAUAUAUAUAAAAGCGGGGGGAAAAAAGGAGAUUAUAUAGUGUAGUAUGUCACUGUCCAAAUAAAUAGAAUGAAACAAAAGAAACACUCACAAUUUCCUAGACCUCUUUAGUUUUAUUCUAUUUAUUUGGACAGUGACAUACUACACUAUAUAUUUUCCUUUUUUUUUCUUCUGCUUUUAUAUAUAUUUUUUAAGGACACUUUAGGCGCUGCACCACUCCUUGUACUUUCAUCUGUUUGUGGACGGGAGGAGAGACCCCGGCUCCGGUGAUUUAGCUGCCGUUUGGACUGUUCCAGUUAUUGCUUAGCGCUGAAUGCUUUGUCAUUUUAUUAUUCAUGUCAACAGUUUAAGACUUGCACUUCAUGGCUCUUAGAUAAAGCAGUAAUGAGGGAGACGAGGGAGAAACACUCUGACCCGCAUGAAAUCAAUGCUGUACUCUGAUUGGCUGCUCAGAGAUUCCGACUAUUGUCAGAUCGGCCAUCAAUUUAUCUGUCGUUUUCUCACAAUAUUGAAUUGUGAGAUGUAAAUCGUUUGCACAAUCUAAAUCUUUCACCUAGUUAUAAAAUGUUUCUUUAUUGAUACUAUUUUAAAUGAGUAAAAGAUUAUGGGGGUUAUCCACUAAACAGUGGCAGUGAGUGGGCAAGUGGUUUGAAAAUGUGAGCUUAUUUUUUUAUAUCUUGUUUUAAAUAUUGCAAGAUUGGAACGUAUACUCGAUGCAGAUCUCUGUUUAGUAGAUAAACCCCUUGCUUUUAAAGCAAUAUCGAUUUUUAAACCAGUUUGCUUUAAUUUCUAUGUGUCAUAGUGUUACGCUAAAACAGAGCUUGCGAUCUAGAAUAAUGGUUAUUACAAUAGGCGUUCAGUGACUAUAAAACAUGAAUUAUGGAUGGCAAACACAGAUUCUUUUAGUUUUUCAGUUUAAAAGGACACUAUAGUCACCUGAACAACUUUAGCUUAAUGAAGCAGUUUUGGUGUAUAGAGCAUGCCCCUGCAUCCUCACUGCUCAAUCCUCUGCCAUUUAGGAGUUAAAUCCCUUUGUUUAUGAACCCUAGUCACACCUCCCUGCAUGUGACUUGCACAGCCUUCCAUAAACACUUCCUGUAAAGAGAGCCCUAUUUAGGCUUUCUUUAUUGCAAGUUCUGUUUAAUUAAGAUUUUCUUAUCCCCUGCUAUGUUAAUAGCUUGCUAGACCCUGCAAGAGCCUCCUGUAUGUGAUUAAAGUUCAAUUUAGAGAUUGAGAUACAAUUAUUUAAGGUAAAUUACAUCUGUUUGAAAGUGAAACCAGUUUUUUUUUUCAUGCAGACUCUGUCAAUCAUAGCCAGGGGAGGUGUGGCUAGGGCUGCAUAAACAGAAACAAAGUGAUUUAACUCCUAAAUGACAGUGAAUUGAGCAGUGAAAUUGCAGGGGGAUGAUCUAUACACUAAAACUGCUUUAUUUAGCUAAAGUACUUUAGGUGACUAUAGUGUUCCUUUAAUGGGUUGGUAAUGCAAGACGUGGGCUAUAGGAGUAACAUUGUAUCAUAAUAAUAGCAAGGGCCUGUCUUGAUAGCUUUAAGUCUGGUGGGGCAUCAGGGGUUAUAUUGGGCUGUCUUCGUAAAAAGAAUGUUUAUACUAUUUUGCUACAGUUUCUGCCAGAAACCGUUAAAUAACCCUUCAAACAUUUAUUUAUAAAGCUUCCUUUUGCAGGACUUGCACCAUGCCAUUGGAGAGGUCUCAGGAGAGAUUCAUUCCAUGGAGCAAAGGACAGAUUCUGACCACAUGUGCCAUUGGAGACGCCGAGAAACACGGACCUCUCCAACUGUCCAUACUGCACUUCAUUCACCUUACGACGCCUUAACCACCACCCAUCCUCAUUGCCAAACUGCUGCGGAAUCUAUUCAUUUGGUGGAUGAAACGCCAGUCUGUCUUUGAUGUGUAUAGAAGACCUUCUGUGUGCAUAAGACACUUUGUAAAUAGACAAUUUUUAGCUCUCUGGUAUUACUUUAUAAGUUGAAUAUUUGGCAGCCCUGGUACUGUAUUGGUGUUUUUAGGAUUAUUAUUUUUUUAAUGAUUUUGGCACUAAAUAAGGGGCGUAACAUUCUCUGCAGAGCAAGAAUGGCUUUCUACCGGAGGACUUCAUUUUCUUUCUUCCUUAGAAAAUUUCUGUUGAUUUACAUUCACUAACCAAAAUAAUUACGUUUUGUUUCCAUAAUUGGGCAAUCCAUCCAAUAUCCACCCCUGUAAAUUUGGGCAAUCAUCCUUAAAGCAUUUUGGAGAUCAACAGUAUUCUUCUGGAAAGCUGGAUAUGCCUGUAGCGUAGACCCACGGAGUGGGCAAAGCCAGAUUACAUCCAUCACCUAGAAUGUGGAAUGUGCAUCAUUCGAUAAGGUCCAGUAUUGGUGUAUUUACUGAGCUCCCGAGCUGGUAACGGGUGAAAACUUGGUUGAUUAUCCAAAAAAUGUAAAUCUAAUAAAUGGAACUCCUUAGGAUUUUUUUGGUCUCUUGGUAUCGUAGUUUGUGCUGUGUUUGAUGUUGGCUAAAGUGUGGCUGAAUUCAGUAGGCUGUCAGGAGAGUGUGUUCUGUUGACUUCAAUAAUUACCCAAUCAAAAAAUUCUACACAUCCCGUCCUGAAUAAUUUGUCUCCAGGUAUAUUACCGUGUUCAAACAAUUCUGUAUUAUAAGAAGAUUCCUCACAAAAUUUACAGACUUAAAAGUCAAGUAUAAUUAUUUAUUCACAAAGAAUGUGGCAUGCCUGCUUGGUGUACAGGGGUGUAGAGAAGAUCUGAAAAAGGAGAUACAGUGGUACCUCGGUUGUAAACUGAAACACGGUUUCCCAUAGGAAUGCAUUGAAAACCAAUUAAUCCGUUCUGGAGGUCAGAAAAAAGUCAUAAUGAGCUGGUAUGGAAACCAACCCACAAUGCAGAACACACAGUAAAAGGCAUGCCAACGGCAAAGCUCAGCUCCCUACCUUUCCACAGCUUGAGAAAUGCACCAAAAAGUCCCCAAACAAUUGAAAAAAUUUCCACAAUGGCUCCAAAAUUUGAUGCAAAAGCCGCACCAACACCUCCACACUCGACGCCACGUGCUACCCACAGGCUCCAGCGUGCAGGGGGCGGCACUAUAAACCUCCCUGGUGCAAUGCAUCCUGGGGAAAAUUUGCGAAUUUUUUUUGUAAACCGAGGCAUUAUUUUCAAUGGAUUUUAAUUUGUAAACCAAAAAUUAUGUUAACAGAGGCGUUUGUAAACCGAGGUCCCACUGUACGCUUAUCUAAAGCAGAUACCACCAUCCUGGGGACCUUCUUCAGCUCCUGGAGCUCAUUUUUGGCAACUUUUAGACAGAGCGGUCCGUACUUUGUAUUGUGAUAUAUUUUG